UUCAACACGUUCGCUGAUAGUUUUAAUCAAAAAGACAUUUUCCGAAGCUUCUGGGGGCGCCUCACACGCCUACGAAGACGGCGCGAAGAAAUUCCCAAAGCUUCAUCAAUUAAGUCGAAAAACCUGGAAUUUACUGCAUGGCGUUCCGGAAUAACUCUUAAAACGGCUCUUGGAACUCCGUCUGGACCCUGAGAAGCAUGGCAAGCAUAGGAAAGACAAGGAUGGCCACGGAGAAGGCGACGGGAGUUAAAAUUCGCAUGGAAACGCUAAAAAAAAGGGAAGGAGAAGCUAAAUCCGCCAUGCGGUCCGUGACGCUACAUACCGACGUGGGCGACAUCAAAAUAGAGCUCUUUUGUGAUGCUUGCCCAAAAGCCUCCGAGAAUUUCCUCGCCCUGUGUGCGAGCGACUACUACAGCGGCUGUGUCUUCAUUCGAAAUAUAAAGGGAUUCAUUUUUCAGACCGGCGAUGAACAGGUCUCACCGGCUCCGUUGUUGUUUUUGCAGCACACUGACCGCGGAAUGGUUUCAAUGGCCAACAAUGGGCCGAACGCCAAUGCCAGCCAGUUCUUUAUCACGUACGCCGUCCAGCCGAACCUCGACCUGAAGUACACGCUGUUUGCUCGCGUUAUCGACGGAUUUGAUGCCCUGGAUGAGCUGGAGAAGCUGCCGGUUAACCCCAAGAACUACCGGCCGCACGUAGACAAGAAGAUCAACGGCGUAACCAUACACGUCAACCACCCGGCGACGUAAGAGACCAUGAGAACAAAGACAAAUCCGUUUGCUUAAAAUGAAACGUAUUUAUAGCUCUUAAGUUACAUGAUAUCUUCACUAACAGACUAAUUGGUUGAGAAACAUACAUAGAAUAUUGUGCAAAAGGGUCUAGGACUAAAUCAGCCGAGUCAAAAUAGUUAAUAUAAAAUUGCAUUGCUUUUAGAAUUUUUUCAUAGACUUUUGCACUUAAUAUGGAACUUACAAUAGACAAAUGUAUAAGAUGGAUGUUAAAACGAUCAACUAAAAAAGAGAAAACAAAUGCUAACAAGAAUCUCAUA